AUGUGGAUCGAAAAGGAAAUAAAAGAAAACCACACACAUGGAGGGGCGUUAAGCAAACAAGUAAAUGAUGACAUUGAACUAUUAAAAAAAAGUAAUAAAUUUUUAUAUGAAAAUGGAAAUAGAAAUUUAUUUUGUGAAUCUAUGAAAAGGGAUUAUAAUCAAAGUUUGAGAACUUGUAGUACAAUUGAUUUGAACAGAAGUUUAGAUGAAAAUAAAAAGAUGAAUACAAGUUUAUUAGUAUCAGGAUAUUUUAGAGAUAAAUUAUCAAAAAAAAAUUCAAAUAAAUUAAUUAGUUCUAGACGACAAAAUGCUAAUAGUGAAGAAUCUCAAUUUGGUGAUAAAUACAAAAUAGAGCAGUUAAAAAAAAAAAAAAUAAAUAAUGAGACAUUGUAUUGUGAUAAUUAUAAAAAUAAAACAAUUUGUUACCAAUCUGAUCUAAAAAUAAACAAAGAAGAUUUAGAUGAAUUUUUUAAUAUAGCAAAUGUUAAUAAUGUGAAAAAAAAAAAUGAGUUUAGUUUUGGAAAAAAUGAUCAUAAUAUGUUUGGAGAUAAGCAUUCAAACAGUAUUUUAGAAAGUAAAAAUAAAAAUAUAUAUAAUUUAAAUGGAAGUACAUAUAAAAAUACACAAUAUUUGAAUAACAGUUAUAUAUAUAAUGAUAGUAUUGUAAAUAAUAAUACAGUAUUAUAUAAAGAAUAUAAUAGUAUAAAAGAUGUUCGAGCUUUUGAAAAAGAAAUAGAUAUAAGUAAAGGAAAUGAUAAAGAAAACAAUUUGAAUGCUCAUAAAAUUAAUAAAUAUCCAAUAUUAACGAAUAAAAAAAUGCCAUUUACUGAAAUAAUAAAUGAUAUAUCCCCCCCAAAAUGUGUAGAACAUUCUAAUAAUGAAAUAACACAAGUAUUAAAUCAUAGAAAAGAAAAUAAUAAUAAACAAAGUGAACUUUUAAGAGUAAAGAAUUUUAUUUGUAAAGGAGUUCCUGGAAUUAUACGAAAUAGUGCAAACAGCUGUUUUUCAACUAAUGUAGAUAAAAAUGUGCAAAAUAAAAUUGAAAAACAUAUUAUGCAUUUUCUUGAAAAUAAUUUAAUUGAAAUAUUGGAAAAAAAAAAUUUAUCUUGUUUUGAAACUGAUAAUAAUAAUAACAGCAUUUCUGAUAAAAUAAGCGAAAGUAUAAAUCUUGAAAUAAAAAAAAAUAUUGAUAAAGCAUAUAAAAAUAUUAAUGAAAAUAUGAACACAAAUAUGAAUGAUGAAAUAAAGAAAAAUGUAGACAUAUUAAAUAACAGUUUAAGCGAAAAUAUAAAUAGCAAAAUAAAAAAUAAUAUAGAAGAAUUAUAUGAUAAAUUAAAUGAAAAUGUAUUAGAAAAUAUUAGUAAUAAUAUGGAAAAUAAUUUAUAUAAAAAUGUAAAUAAUGAAUUAAAAAGAAAAAUCGAUAUUGUAGAAAAAAAAAUAGACAUUAAUGUAAAUGAUAAUAUAAAUAAAGAAUUGGAAAAAAAAAUCGUAUUUUUAAAUGAUCAAAUAAAUGAAAAUAUAAGUAAAGAACUCAAAAAAUACAUAUCUAUUUUAAGUAGAAAUAUAAAUGAAUAUUUAAGUGAUACUAUUGAAAAAAAUACUAAGAUUAUGUCUAAAAAUUUAGGCCUUAAUUUAGGGGAAGAAAUAAAAAAUAAUAUUAUUAUUAUGGAAAAAAAUAUUGAUUAUAAUAUUAAUGAGGAAAAUAUACAAAGAAAUUUUAAAAAAAUUUAUGAAAUGUAUAAUAUGAGCACUAUUGAGGAUAUAAAAAGGAUAAUAAUUAAUGCCAAAGAACAUCAAAAUCAAGAUGAAAAUGAAAAUAAAAAUAAAAAUGAUAUAGAAGACAUAAAAAAUAAUAUGAACAUUAUGAUGGGGAAAAUUAAUACCGAAAGUAUAACUGAAGAAUUAAAAAUACAUCUACAAACAUUUGGAAAUAAAAUUGAUGAAAAAAUUUCGAUUAUAAAUGAAAAUAAAUUAAAUCAUAAAAAUGAUAACAUUAAGGAAAUUACCGAUCAAGUUAUUAAAUCAACUGAGUUAAAGUUAACACUUUUUGCAAAAGAAAUAGAAAAAAAUACUUUUCAUUUUUUUUAUACAUCUUUAAAAGAUAUUUUAGGAGAUUCUACAAAAAUAGAAAAUGAAAAAAUAGAAAAAAAUAUAAUUUGUUAUGUUAAAAAAAGUUUAGAUGAACAGACUCAAAAAUUAACAAAUGAACUUGAUAGUAGUAUGUUUAAUAAAUUGCUUAACGAAUUGAAAUCUUUUAAUAAAUUACAAAUAAACGAAAAAGAUAUAAUUGAUAAUAUAAAAAAUAGUUUAUUACCAUUUCAACAAAAUGUGUCAGAUUCUUUGAAAGGUAAUACUAUUGCGUUAAAAGACAUCAACAAUACUAUUUUAAAAAUGGAAAAAGAAAAUAAGUUUGAAUUUAAUAGUGUUUUAGAUAAAAUUGAUGUUAAUAUUUCAAAUAAAAUUAAUGAUAAAGCAAAAGAAAUGUUAACUACAAUAGAUGAAGCUCUAUUAGGAAAGGUUGCCAAUAUAGAAGGAACUAUAGAAGAAAUAAAAAAAAAAAUGAAUGGUGCUAUUUGCCAAAUUGGUGAAAUAAAUUUACAAAUGUUAUCUAUUCCAAACGAAGAUAAAAUAAAUAAAAUUAUCAUUGAUUUUAACAAAAAUAGAGAUCAAAAAUUUUUUGAAGCUAAAGAAAUUAUAAGGGAAAAUAAAAUACAAAUAACUAGUAUAUUGAAAGAAUUGAAAAAAAAAAAAAAAACAGAUUCUAAAACCGAGUUUAAAAAAAUGUUACAAAAUAUUCUUGAUAUAAAUCCAAGAAAUUAUGAACAAGACAAAAAAGCAAUUCACAAUUCGAAUUUAAUUCCUCAAAAUUAUUGUAAAGAUAAUCACGAAAAUAAUUAUUUAUUAAAUAAUCAACCACAAAAAGAGACAAAAAUUAAUAUGAAUAAAUAUAAUAUACAAAAAAUAUAUAAAAAGAAUAUAGAUGUAAAGGAAACUCAAUUAAAUCUUAAACAUAAAAACAUAUAUUAUAAAAAUAAAAUUAACUUGUAUAAACAGUAUAAACAACAUUUCAACCCAGAAAAUAAUUCCUUAAAAAAAAAAUUAUAUACACCAAAUAAGUCAAAUCAAAUUAAUAGGAAAAAAAGAAAACCAAUAUAUAUAGUCAACUAUAUGAAAAAUGACAAUAAUGAUUUAAUAGAAGUUUCUAAUUAUCUUAAGAAAAGAACUAUAAGAAAAAUCCAUCUAUAA